AUGCCCCGGGCCUUUCCGGGCCAGGCGGCCGCCUCCGCGCCGCCAUGCUGGAGCCUGCCUCCCGGCGGGGACGAUAAAGCGGGCUGCAGUGGCACUGGUCCAGCGCUGGAGCUUCAGCGCCCUCUGAUGGGCAAUCCUGGGAGGGCGGGGUCCAUGCUCGGAUGCCCCGCCCCAUCAGAUCUUGGGAGCGGGCGGGGCUGCAGCAUCGGGUACCGGCAGAGGCUGCCCAGGUUUCGCAAGGACGUGACCUUGAUGGGGAAAAGGUCCCAUGCGGUGGUCUUCAGCCUGCCCUGCACCCGGGCCACCGAGGCCUGUGUGCGAGCCUGCCCUGCGGCCUGCACCUGCAGCAACGUGGAGCGUGGCUGCUCAGUGCGCUGUGACCGUGCGGGCCUCCAGCGGGUGCCCACUGAGUUUCCGUGCGAGGCGGCCUCCAUCGAUCUGGACCGGAAUGGCCUGCGCAUCCUGGGCGAGCGGGCCUUUGGCACGCUGCCGUCGUUGCGCCGCCUGUCGCUGCGCCACAACAACCUGUCCUUCAUCACGCCCGGAGCCUUCAAGGGCCUGCCGCGGUUGGCCGAGCUGCGCCUGGCGCACAACGGCGAGCUGCGCUAUCUGCACGUGCGGACCUUCGCGGCGCUGGGCCGCCUACGCCGCCUGGACCUGGCGGCCUGCCGCCUCUUCAGCAUCCCCGAGCGUCUCCUGGCCGAGCUGCCCGCCCUGCGCGAGCUCACGGCCUUCGACAAUCUCUUCCGCCGGGUGCCCGGCGCGCUCCGGGGCCUGGCUAACCUGACGCACGCGCACUUGGAGCGCAGCCGCAUCGAGGCCGUGGCCUCCAGCUCGCUGCUGGGCAUGCGGCGGCUGCGCUCGCUCAGCCUGCAGGCCAACCGCGUGCGCGCAGUGCAUGCCGGGGCCUUUGGCGACUGUGGCUCCCUGGAGGACCUGCUGCUCAACGACAACCUGCUGGCCGCGCUGCCCGCAGCCGCCUUCCGCGGCCUUCGCCGUCUGCGCACCCUCAAUCUGGGUGGCAACGCUCUGGGCAGCGUGGCGCGCGCCUGGUUCUCUGACCUGGCAGAGCUCGAGCUGCUUUACCUGGACCGCAACAGCAUCACCUUUGUAGAGGAAGGCGCCUUCCAGAACCUCUCGGGCCUCCUGGCCCUGCAUCUCAACGGCAACAGGCUCACUAUGCUCUCCUGGGCCGCUUUCCAGCCAGGCUUCUUCCUGGGCCGCCUCUUCCUUUUCCGCAAUCCUUGGCGCUGUGACUGCCAGCUGGAGUGGCUGCGUGAUUGGAUGGAGGGCUCUGGGCGCGUGGCUGAUGUGGCGUGUGCCUCCCCGGGCUCUGUGGCCGGCCUGGACCUCAGCCAGGUGGUCUUUGAGCGCUCCUCUGAUGGCCUCUGUGUGGACCCUGAGGAGCUGAACUUUACCACGUCCAGUCCAGGCCCGAGUCCAGAGCCAGUGGCCACCACUGUGAGCAGGUUCAGCAGCCUUCUCUCCAAGCUGCUGGCCCCAAGGGCCCCUGUGGAGGAGGUAGCCAACACCACCUGGGAGCUGGUCAACAUUUCGUUGAAUGACAGCUUUCGGUCCCAUGGAGUGAUGGUCUUCUGCUACAAGGCCACGUUUCUCUUCACCUCUGGCCUCUUGCUCAGCCUGGCCCAGUAUGUGGUAUUGGGCCUGCAGAGGGACUGACUGCCGCACUGAAGUGACCCAAACCACUUUGCCCAAAAGGGGGAACGUUUGCUUGGCUGUCAUGAGAAGUGUCUGUAGUAACGGGACAGGGAAUAGGAAUGGGAUUGGUAA